CAAAAUUUCGUCAGUUUGCUUAAAUUAGAUCUCUUUUUCUCUCUCCUUUCUGGGUAUUUUACUGUUUCAGGUGAUUUCUUCAGAAAAAAUGAAUUCAGGGGAAUUUCUCAGUAUUCAACCUCAAGAACUUCAAUUCCCAUUUGAAUUGAACAAGCAGAUCUCUUGUACCAUGCAAUUGACCAAUAAUACUAACAGUUAUGUUGCUUUUAAGGUGAAAACAACAAAUCCUAAGAAGUAUUCUGUAAGGCCUAAUACUGGGAUUGUGUUGCCACAUUCUACUCAUGAUCUCUUAGUGACAAUGCAAGCACAAAAAGAAUCACCAGCUGACAUGCAAUGUAAAGACAAAUUUCUUCUUCAGAGUGUGAUAACAACCCCUGAGAUUACAGUCAAGGAUAUUACUUCUGAUAUGUUUAACAAGGACUCGGGGAAUCUUAUUGACGAGUGGAAAUUGAAAGUCUCCUACGUUUCACCACCACAACCUCCAUCAGCUGUACAAGAAGGAUCAGAUGAAGGUUCUGUGUCAGAUAAUGGGAUCUUUGAUGCUUAUGCAGCUGCUCCAAGAACCCAAGUUGAACCAGAAGAUGAUUCGAGCCAGGUGAACGCUAUGAUUUCUAGGCUGAUGGAAGAGAAAAACUCUGCCAUUCAACAAAACAACAAGCUUCAUCAGGAGAUGGAGCAUUUGAGGCGCAAAAUAAGUCAAAAGCGUGCUGCGAUCCUUUUCAUAUAUGUCUUCAUUGGUGAGUUAAUUGGAGUCCUUGCGGGAUACAUUGUCAAGAAAAUAUGAAGUGGGAAGAAAACAUUUAGCGUAUUUGAAGUCUUUGGGCAGCUAUUUAAGUUGUUGCAUUGAGAAGAAAGUAGCUGCUCCAGGAGGAAUUUUGAUUUGAUUUGUCAGAUAAGCACAACUGGUUUGUAUUUAAAUAACCUUUCAAUAGAUUUGUAUUUGCAUAAUAUUACCAUACAUUGUACAUCUCUUCGCGAUUGCUACACUGUUUGUUAUCAAAGCAUCGAAAGUCGAAACUGCUGUAUCUACUCAGAUAGGAGCUUCUACAAAAGUAUUUUAAUUAAACUA